ACAAUAUUCCGUUGCGCGUGCGUGAAAGCGUCUCCUUUCGGUGUCGAACCGUUUCCCUUUCCGUUUGGAUCUGUAAAAGAACCAAAAUGGUGCAACGAUUAACCUAUCGACGACGUCUGUCGUAUAACACAAAAAGCAACAGAAGACGUGUUGUACGUACGCCAGGUGGCAAAUUAGUGUACCAAUACUUGAAAAAACCAAAAAAGAUUCCAAGAUGUGGACAAUGUAAGGACAAGCUUAGAGGUAUUCAACCUGCAAGACCAAUGGAACGUUCACGAAUGUGCAGACGUAAGAAAACUGUCAAACGUGUGUACGGUGGAGUUCUUUGUCACAAAUGUGUUAAAGAAAGGAUUGUUCGUGCAUUCUUGAUUGAAGAACAGAAGAUUGUGUAUAAAGUUAUGAAAGCACAACAGGCUUCAGCAAAAACGAAGAAAGCAGAGAAGUAAUCCUGUGCUUUUUAUUAAAUAAAUAAAAUAAACAAUAAAACCUAAAAAAAAUUAGCUAUUGCUAAUAUUAUUACGAUAUAUCUUCUUCAUUGUACCAUACUAACUGUUAUCUUCAAAACCUAUAACACAUUUAUAUGAUGAAAACUUUUUUAAUUAAAAGUUUUUAAAUAUAAAAAAAA